UCAGUCAUUGGUAUCCUCAUAACACCACCUCACAUCGCGAGUGGCCCUGACAGCUAGAACAUAUUCUUGAAGACCAUGCUUUACAUUCGAUAUACUUCCCCUAUCCAGCUGUUCAAUCAGAAUUUGAGAGCAACACAAAAGGACAGCAGCCUCUAUCAAAGAUCUUCCUGGCCACCUCCCACUGUUUGUCAGUCGUUGACGAGCAGUACCCAGUCACCAUCCCCCAGCAUGCUGGCGGCAAAUCACAAAGUGCACUAUAAUCGCCCACUCAUAGCCUCAACCAAGCCCGCCAUAACCAUAACAUCUAGCUCAGGAGGACAACUUGCAACAGCAGAGUGGCACACCUGGUCCGGCAAGAUCGACCUCACCUUCACCAACGGCAAUGCCAUCACAUACAAAGACAACUUCGAGUCGUCCACGCUAGGCCGUCUCUUCUGGACCAUGACCCAAGGAAACAAGAAUCAAGCGGACAUCAAAUGCGCCGAUCGGACAGGCCAAGCCGUAUGUACCGUCGUGUUGAGAGACGAACUGGGGAGCGGCCGCAUAGAAGCCUGGAGAUCAGACCUGUCCAGGCAGCAAUUCGAUGAGAUUGUGGUGAGUGCGAUUGCUGAGAUUGAAGAUCUGGGACGCAAGAUGGAGGACUCGGGAGUGAAUUAUGGGGUCAUUGGAGCUGUGGCUGCCAUGAACAAUUAGCGACACCUUACCUCUUCGGACUUGACCCUAGGAGAGCUCCCAUUCCGCAGCAUAGGCUGCUCGAAGUAUGAGUGUGACAUAUACUGGCUAGGGAUGCGCUUUGUGGACAAGGUUGACAAAGAUUGAGACAAAACAUAGCCAAAAAC